GGGGCCACUCUCAAUGGAAUGUAAAUAUGUAGUAAUAAUUUAUAUCUUGUGCUGCUGUGUCUUUUUAUAUUUGUCUUGAGACUUCAUUAUUUUAUCUUUUACAUAUCUGCAAGUCUUGGUGAUAUUUAUACUUAUUUUGUAUUUGUAAGUGUGUCGUUGCAAGUAAAUUAUGUUUUAUAGUAUCUAAUUGUCUCUUCAAAUUUAACAAAACUCGUUAGUUUCAGGUUCUUCACUUAAUUCUACUGUUUAAUCUCCGAACUCCUAUCCAAGCACACACUUGUCAAUAUCUUUAGUAUUCUCUUUCUCUACUUUAAUAUAAACUAAGCCAUCUAAGCCAAAAACAGAGAAGAAAAUCAUUAUUAAAAAAAUAACAGAUACUACAGAAGCAUUUUUUGCGAUAAAACUGGAUUUUACCUUAUUAAUAAAUGUUUUUGGUAGAGAAAAAGGAAGGCUUAAGACAUAUCACGCUUGCAUGCAUUUGGGACUUGGAAAAAUAACAGAAUACUCAUGUCUUGUGCUUGUAGUUGUUAAUUACAUUGUUGUACGGGUUUUACGUAUGACGUUAAGAGAGUGAGAUGCUGAAGGUUUGAAACUUGAAAGUGAUGAUAGGAUAUAACCGCUUAAGUAACUUGCCGACAAAAUCAAAGUUUUGGUUUUGACGGUGCUUAAGACUUGUACAACAUGGCUCAAUUGAAUGUGUCAGUGCUACAGUUCAACAAUUCUUCUGUCUUCAGAGUCCCUCCAACGACACUGUUUAUUUGCUGUCAGACACAAAGUAGAAGUAAUUCCUCAUGGUUAACUAAGAAGCUAUUAGUGGUUGAAGCAAGAGCAAAUGCUAGAACAGAAAGUCCAAAAAUUCGAAACAGAAGGAUUCAGAAAAAGUUCAAUGGAACUGCUAGAAAUCCAAGGCUUUCAGUAUUUUGCUCAGAGAAGCAAUUGUAUGCAAUGCUUGUAGAUGACAAGAAUAAGAAGUGUCUGUUCUAUGCAAGCACACUGCAGAAAUCGAUCCGAAAUCCCCCAUGCAGCACUUCUGAAGCUGCUAAACGUGUUGGGGAGGCACUUGUCAAAGCCUGUGCAGACCUCAACAUAAAUGAAAUAUCGUCCUAUGAUCGCAAUGGACUUUACCGUGGACAAAGGUUGGAAGCCUUUGAGAUUGCCAUUUCCAGUUAUGGAUUCUUGCCGGGAUAGGUUUGUGUCUGAAAGCUUGAGCUCUUUUGUCAAAUAUACAACCCACUGGAGUCAAUGCUUUUCUAUUUAGACAUUAUAACUUUUCCAGAUUAGUAGGUUUUAAUCUCAUCAUGUGAUUAAUAAUUGCUGAAAAGUAGAAGAAAGGAACUAGAAAAUCAGUGGUCCAAUUGUUAUGCAACUUGAAGUCAUUUUCAUUUCUGAAUCACAUUGUUUUUACAUUAUGUCAUGCACGUCCACCACCUGGACAGCACCUUAUGAAUUACAAGAAAGGGAGAGAUCAUCAAAUCUUUGAAGACAAACUGAACAUCAUAAAUAAGAUCUUAUGGUAUGCUUGGUUGGAAGUAAAAACAGAGUGCAAAAUUUAUAGAUAAGCUAAAUGAGUAAAAUUAUAUAAAGUUUAUUUAUAAAGUGAGACAAUUAAAUAGCUUUCACAAUUU